UAUGUCAUAAAAAAAUGUAUGUAGAAACUGCAGAUUGCCCCUUUAACAGGUAGUGCCAGGAAAGUCGGUGUAUGUUAUACCUGCCACCUGCUGUUGGAGGGCAGAGGGGAUAUCUGGGUGUUCCGUCUGCAAGUCAUCUUCCAACAUCUCACAAUGAAUGAGACCGCAAUUUCAUUCGCAAAGGAUUUCUUGGCUGGUGGAAUCUCCGCUGCCAUCUCCGAAACUGCGGUUGCUCCCAUCGAGAGAGUCAAGCUUCUCCUUCAGGUCCAACAUGCCAACAAGCGGAUCACAAAAGAAAUGCAGUACAAGGGUAUCGUCGAUUGCAUUACCCGCAUUCCCAAGGAAGAGGGCUUCCUUGCCUUCUGGAGAGGUAACAUGGCCAAUGUCAUCAGAGCCUUUCCCUCCCAGGCCCUCAACUUCGCCUUCAAAGACAAGUACAAGAGUGUCUUCCUUGACGGCGUAGACAAGCGCAAGCAGUUCUGGAGGUACUUCGCUGGCAACCUGGCCUCUGGUGGUGCUGCAGGAGCCACCUCCCUUUGCUUCGUCUACCCUCUUGAUUUCACCAGAACCCGUCUGGGAGCUGAUGUUGGAAAGGCCAGAAUGAGGGAGUACAAUGGUCUAGCAGACUGCUUGGUGAAGACAUUCAGGAGUGACGGUCUGAGGGGUCUGUACCAGGGCUUCGCAGUGUCUAUACAAGGCAUCAUCAUCUACAGAGGUUCCUACUUCGGCAUGUAUGACACAGCUAAAGGUAUGUUGCCAGACCCAAAGAAUACUUCCAUCUUAGUGAGCUGGGCAAUCGCUCAGUCUGUAACUGCUGUGGCCGGCCUGACGGCCUACCCCUUUGACACCGUCCGUCGUCGUAUGAUGAUGCAGUCUGGCCAUAAAAGCGCUGAUAUCAUGUAUCUUGGGACCAUUGACUGCUGGAUGAAGAUUGCUCGUGAUGAGGGUGGAAAGGCCUUCUUCAAGGGAGGCUGGGCCAAUGUUCUCCGAGGCAUGGGUAGUGCCUUUGUGCUGGUCUUUUACGAUGAGCUCAAGAAAGUUCUCUAAAUUCCUUUUUUAAAACAUCACUGGCUAAAUGUAACACAACUUUUCAUGCCUGUGGACUGAAUUCUGCCUUAUUUAUUUGAACCCUGCCUUCCUACAAUCUAUGGGUAGUGAUUAUGCUCCGGCCUCAGUUAGAUAAAAGGGGACCGCCUUAAAGCUAAACCAAAGGUUUACAAACUACAGGCCACUAAGUACACUGGUUUAAAUGAAGAUAUGGAUUUCUCACUAUUCCUGUAGAGUCUUAGUGGUCCCUUUGAUGACAUUUAGUGGACAUAAUUGCCAUAUUGCUAUGUUUUGACUACUGUGGUCCAUGUUUKCUGCCAUCUUGUGUGCUAUUAAAUGUGUGGCUCUCCUACUCUCACCAUU